AUGCCACGGAUUUGGCGACCUUGGCCAACGCGGCCGCCUCCAAGGCCGUUUGUGGAGGAUGAAAUCGAGUCUCUUUCGCACGAGCUGGGAGGCCUGUCACUAUUAGGAGAGAAGCCUGGAGUAGAGGGUGCCUGCCAGCGAGGGGCUAUCGAUCAACUUCCCAUCCUGCUGGACAGCGAACAUCUUCCUCGAUCAGCCACUGCAGACACCGAUACUUCAACUUCACAGCCACCUUCUCUUGUCAGCGCGUCUUCUAAUGAAAGCUUCUCUGGUCCUCGCACACCAUCCCCGGUGCAAGCGCUUCCACUAUCUGGAAAGGACCAAACCCCGAGAUUCGCUGGCCACUCUUCGCAGGCUCAGUCAUCCAUAAAAUCGUCGAACUUUGAAUGUCCUAUUAGCCAUGGGACUGUCCAGCCAGUGACUCCACAACCACGCUCAAGAAGCUCUAAUUCAAGCGACCGCACGCCUCGACCACAUAAUUCGAGUCCUUCUCCAAGUCGAUAUUCAGUGACGCCAUCUAAAAAUGUGACGCAAAACACCACCAGACUUCGGGAUACUUCAACAGACCACCCUACCUUCCAAGUGGCUGCAUUGCCUAGACGACCUACCAUAGCGGAACUAUUGGAGGAGAAACUCAGACUCCGUAGAGAGCUCAAAGCGCUUCAAGAGUACAGAGACAGUCAAUAUCAACAGAACCUUCAGGGGCAGAACACAAUACCUGCAUCUGCGCCCAUUUCGCCAACAGGCGAUGUGCAUAUGGAUAUUGACGCCGUGGAAUAUAUUUCACAGCCUAGCUGUUCGCAUAACUCUUACAUGCCUCCAUCCGCAAACAAUUCUCAAAACUGGGAAGAGCAUGAUUGGUCAUUUCAUACGCCAAAACGUCAUAGUCAAGACUUUUCUGAUUUCCAAGCAACUCCUGCUCAAAACCGAGCUUCGUCUCCCCGGAUGCCUGUAUACCAAAGAACCACGCCCACAAGACCACAGCGAUCGGUAUCGUUUGCAGACAGACUGCAUUAUUCACCAGCACAAACCUCCGAAACCUUAGUCUCCUACCGUCAGAAUGCAAAUGUCUCGCCGUCAAGAUCGCCUCUCGCAGUUGCUCCUUCGAACCGUGUGGUUUCCUGUUCAUCUGACACAACCACAGGUCUUGCCCUGCGUCCAUGCCCUCGGUCUUACCCGGUUGCAGGGUAUCAAGAUUGGUACACAAUAUCUGGCCUGGAGCAUUUGAAUAUAUGUCCCUCUUGUAUGACUCAAAUUGGCAAUUCAAGAUUCCGAGACCAUUUCAUACCCAACAUCAAAAAUGCGCGGGCACGCAUCCAAUGUUCAUUCAGCGAGGUCUGGACUAGACUGGCAUGGAUACAGACAAUCAAGAAGGGCUAUGAAAGCUUGCAGUUAUUGUAUGAAAUCACUCGGCCAACGGGCUUGACUUGUCCGGGGCGCAGGUUGUCUACUCAAGUAUGGCAUCGCAUUAUCGACCACGAAACGGGUUUGAAUAUUCCCAAGUUUGCUGCGUGCUCGGCAUGCGUACGCAAUCUACGACUCCUGAUGCCUCCACUACAGAAAACCUUUAGGCGUCAAACGGUCCUCCAGGAGAAAAUAUGUGAUCUCGCAGUCGACAGCCCGCGAUUUGUACAAUAUGUCGACCUCCUCGACGCCGCGGCCAAUGAAUGCGAGUACAGACAAUAUGAUUACCCUGACAAUACCAAGUUCAUCGAUUACUUCCAGCGAAAAUGCAACUUGCGUGAUUGCCGGCGCCAACGACCAAUACUCGGGACAUGGCAUUACAUUCCUGGACUUCCCGAAUUCACAGUUUGCGAAGACUGCUACGACGAUGUGGUACGACCACUAGCUGUAGCACAAAAGCCGAUUGCACGAAAAUUAGCAAGCCCUCCAAGACUGGUCCCUGGGUCUGGUCCGAACAGAUGUCGCGAGGCAAGCUGUCAAUUGUAUUCCCCUCGAAUGCGAGCAAAGUUCAGGGACGCCGUACUGGACAACGACUAUCGGAUGCUCGAGACUGCGGCUUUGAAAAGAUUCAAUGCCGAACAAAGGUACCGUGAUAGAGAAGAGGAGCUCUUUGUCAUACCUGAAGCGGAUAGAGGAUAUCAUUGGGAGGAAGAAUGGCGGCAUAACCUCGAACAAUGGAGAAUGUACGAAUGA